CAUGUUUUUCAAUUCCAACAACUGCCAUUACUCAUUGUCUCAAACCUUCUCUCUCACACACACUUACCAAAGGAGAAGUAAAAAAAUCAUUUUUUUUUUCCCUAUCAAUGGAGGCAAUGAAGAUGAAGGUUUUCUUGGCUUUGGUGAUUGCCAUGUUGGUGAUGGCAGCAAGUGGGGUUUCAGCUGCUGAGGCACCUGCCCCUGGUCCUUCUUCUGAUGCCACCACCACCCUCUUUGUUCCCACUGCUUUUGCUUCUCUCAUUGCUCUUGCAUUUGCCAUUCUCUUCUAAUUCCUCAACUACCCUUGUUAAUUUGUUGCAUAUAUAUAUAUAUAUAUGGAGUUCCAUUUGUGCAGAGGUGGUUGUGUUUUGUGUCUCCUUCUCUUGUGACUACAAGGGUUUUUUUUUUUUUGAGGAUUUGUUUGGAGUGAGUGAGGAUGGAAGAGAAGUGGAUGAUGAUGACACAUUCAUAUAGGCUCUUUUGUUUUGGAUGGGCUUUCUGUAUUAUUAUAUCAUUCUUAUUCUUAUUGUGUAACAAAUUCAUUAUUCCUCAUUGUACUCUUUAUUCCUUGUGACAAUGUAAUCUUAUCGUGAUUUGUCUUGUUCACCUUGUUUGA